AGCCCGAUGAACCUUUCUCUGCUAACUGUUCUCUCCUUUCCCCUUCUCUUCCCCUCUUCCUUCGAUCUAAAGUAACGUCCAUGGCGCAAAAUUGUAAAGAUAACUGACGAUAACUUAAAAGUUGCCCUCUCCACGAGUCAAGCACUACCUCCAACAAAGUUCUCUUCUCUUCUCCCUCAAGACUUCUAUUUAACUCAAGGCAAGGCAAUCCCUAACACUUCCCCUUCUCCUCCUAAACACCCUCUCUGCAAGCAAAGAAAGGAAUUCAUAGCUCUCCUUAAUUACAUCUUCCUCCUAGCACCUCCUCCUUCCCCUUCCUCUGCCUCCUCCAUAUUCGCUCUCCUAGUUUCUCUCUUCUUCAUCAUGAAAGCCCCAUUAUUUGUCUUCUUCAAACAAGUCACAGUUCCCUUUAUUAUCGUGUUGAUUCUUUUCUCUUCAGAAUUUGGAAUAGUAAAGCAGGUUUCAGCUCUGGGCAUCAACUACGGACAGGUGGCCAACAACCUGCCAUCGCCCGAACACGUCCUCCGCCUUCUCAGUUCUCUUCAUAUCACCAAGACCCGAAUCUACGACACGAACCCGAAAGUCCUCUCUGCUUUCGCCAACUCCAGCAUCGAACUCAUAGUGACCGUUCCCAACGAGGCCGUGGCCGGGCUCGCCGACCCAGCCCGAGCCACCGAUUGGAUCAGCACCAACAUCAGUCCAUUCCUCCCCGACACAAAGAUCACCGGAAUCGCCGUCGGGAAUGAGGUUUUCACCUGCCAAGAUAGCGUUUUGAUGGAUAACGUCGUUGAUGCCAUGAUGGGACUCCAUCAAGGCCUCGUUGGUCUUGGCCUCGACUCCGUUAUCCACGUCUCGACAGCCAGCUCCCUCGCCGUCCUCGCCACCUCUUACCCGCCGUCCCUCGGGUCGUUCCGGCCCGAGCUUGCUGAGCUGAUCGGGCCGCUCUUGCGGUUCCUGUCUGUUACGGGCUCGCCGUUUUGGAUAAACGCUUACCCUUAUUUCGCCUACAAGGACGACCCGGAGAGGGUGCCGCUUGACUAUGUAUUGUUUAACUCCGGGUCGGGCAUGGUUGACCCGAACACCGGGCUCAAGUACGACAAUAUGCUCUACGCCCAGGUGGAUGCUGUGAUCUUCGCCAUUGCAAGGUUUGGAUACGAGGGAAUAGAGGUGAGAGUAUCGGAGACGGGGUGGCCGUCCAAGGGAGAUGACGACGAGAUGGGAGCAACUGUGGAGAACGCGAUGAGUUACAACAGGAAUUUGGUUGCGCGGCAGCUGGAGAACGAGGGGACGCCGCUGAGACCAAGACCAAGGCUUGAGGUUUAUCUGUUCGCUUUGUUCAAUGAGAACUUGAAGCCCGGUCCGACGUCCGAGAGGAACUACGGUCUUUACCAACCCGACGGCAGCAUGGCAUACAACGUCGGACUUUCCUCAGCAACGUCGACGGCGUCGGUUUCCGACAUUAAUUCAUCUGCUUCAUGGAUACAACGGGACAAAUCAAACUGCUUGUGGUUUUGUAUCAUCUCAAUCUCAUUAGCCUUUCAGAUUUCAAUCAGAUGGCCAUUCUAGGAAACAAGAUGGUAUCAUGUAAAUGCUACUCCUCACAUUCUUAUUCCCUCUCUCACUCUCUCUCUCUCUCUCUCUCUCUCUCUCUCUCUCUCUCAUGUCUUUCUUCCUCCUGCGUCCCUUUGGAGAAAAUAGCAAGCCAUGAGCAAUCCUCUGGACCUGUAGCUCCAAAGUAUAAAGGCUCUUGUACAAAUUGAG